AUGGAUCCUUCUUGCACAAGAUUCUGUCCAUUGGCUGACCAGACAAUGGUUUUUUCUGGUAUUUUGUUAAACCAAAUGGAUAUUAUAAAGCCACCCUCUUUACCAACUCUUUGGAAACCGGAAGAAAAUUCGCCAGAUGGUGAUGGCCAGACAAAGCUGUCAUCCAAAGCAGUGAGGGAUGAGCCCAAGGGUAUUUUGUGGUCAGUUUGA